AUGUCCCGCCACCCUUUCUACAGGGCCCUACCAUGGGCUGGGCGACACGUUCUACCCACGUCUCGCCCAGCGGCGGGACGGGCUCUGCGCUUCCUGCUAGCUAUGUCUGUGAACAACACACAGACAUGCGCGCGCCCGCUCUCAGAGCACAGCGCAGCAUGGAUCAGACUGACACACAUGGACUUGUGGAUGUCAAAACUGAUAUCACGGGGCUACACACUCCAGUUCGCCUCCCCCCCGCCUCGCUUUGCGGGCGUGUUGGAGACAACUGUGUCGUCCCAGGCGGAAUCAGACGCCAUGAUGUCAGAAUUACGGGAACUGCUGUCAAAGGGAGCAAUUUCCCGAGUUCCUCCGGGGGAGGAGAACGAGGGUUUUUACUCCCGAUACUUUCUCACGCCAAAAAAGUCAGGCGGGUUUCGUCCCAUCCUCGACCUGUCCCAGUUCAACCGGUGCGUCAUGGUACGUCCAUUCCACAUGUUGACUAUCAAACAUGUGUUGGAAUGCGUGCGCCACAACCGACUGCCAUUCGGUUACUCACUGGCCCCUCGCACUUUUUCCAAGUGCAUGGAGACGGCACUUCAGCCGUUGCGGAAAAAAGGCGUCAGAGUCCUGUUUUAUCUGGACGAUUUGCUCAUCCUGGCUCCCUCUCGGGAAACGGCGGCGCUACACACCGUGUCAGUCCUGCAGCACCUGCAGACACUCGGUUUUGCCAUAAACUGGCAGAAAAGCGCAUUGGUUCCCUCACAAUCGAUAGUUUAUCUGGGCGUAGUGCUAAACUCGAUUGUUAUGAGGGCCAGGCUGUCAACGCCGAGGCAAGAUGCGCUGCUUUCUCUCCUGUCGCGCACCACGCCCUGCGCAAAGGUGUCAGCGCUUUCUAUCAUGCGCCUUCUGGGCAUGAUGUCCGCGGGCUACAUGGUAGUACCUCUGGGGCACAUCGACCCCAUACGCCACAAGUGGCGAAUGCUGACUAUCCCUCCCUCUCUGCAGUCAGACCUGUCAGCUGGGGUUCCCCUGGGCAGAGUGACGUCAUACGUGACAGUGUACACGGAUGCGUCCCUCACUGGCUGGGGAGGAAUGUGCGAAUCACAGGUGGUGGGAGGGGAAUGGCCUCCUCCUCCCCUCCCACACAUAAACUGCCUGGAGCUGUCCACGGUGCUGAAGGUCUUGAAGCACUUCCCCCCGAAGGUAGCAGGGAGACAUGUUGUGGUGCAGACAGACAAUGUCACAGCAGCGGCGUUCAUAAAUCGCCAGGGCGGCGUACGCUCGGCCCGGCUAUUGGAAAUAGCCAGGAGCCUCCUGCUGUGGUCUCACAGCCAUCUGCUGUCCCUCAGGGCCGUCCACAUCCCCGGGAUACUAAACCGGGCGGCAGACCUAAUGUUGAGGGGGGGACCCUCUCACAACGAGUGGAAAUUGAAUCCCACUAUCGUUUGGAAGCUGUGGAGCAGGUUCGGGGAAGCGGAGGUGGACCUGUUCGCCUCACGAGAAAACACACAGUGCGCUCUGUGGUUUUCCUUGAGCUCACGGGACAACCCACCCCUGGGCGCGGACGCUUUCUCCCACCAUCCCUGGCCCAAAACCCUCCUAUACGCUUUCCCCCCGGUCCCUCUGAUCCCUCGCCUCCUGGAACGCAUCCAGGAGGAAGGCCUGUCGGUCAUCCUGGUGGCACCGGAGCGCACAAACGCAUCCUGGUUCCCGACGCUGGUCCAGCUGCUGGCGGUUCCCCCCUGGCAAUUGCCGUGGCACGAGGACGCCCUGUCACAGCUGGACGGCGCGAUAGCCCACCCCCCGGUGAUAACCCAGCGACUGUGGGGCUGGCUGCUGAGCGGGAACGCUUUCAGAGCCCUGUUCAGAGGCAUGUCAGUGGCCGAAAUCUGUGCUGCGGCCUCUUGGGCAUCUCCAUGCCCUUUCAUCCGCUUCUAUUUGCAGGAUGUGUCUGAGCCCUCCCUGACUCACUCGGUCCUCUCUUCUCACAACGACGAAUGA